AUGGUCAAAACAGAAGGUUUUAGAAGCAUACCAACACAAUAUCACAUCCAGGCUAUUGACACUAAUAAAGUUGAGAUACAGGAGUUAGGCAACAGCGCCCCAGGUUUUAAUUGUCAGGCCCACUUAUAUCUAAUUGCAACAGAGGUGCUCUCCUUAGAGUCAACUACAACUCAUAUGUCUGUUUCAGAUUUCAGUAAUGUGAUCAGCAAGAGUGAUGUAAAGUCAUUAGCUGAAGCUGAUGAACAGGAAGUUGUGGCGGAGGUUCAGGAAUUUUAUGGUGAUUACAUUGCUGUGAAUCCACAUUUGUUUUCCCUCAAUAUUUUGGGUUGCUGCCAGGGUCGAAAUUGGGAGCCAGUGCAACUAUCCAGAACAACUCAAGGAUUGACAGCACUCCUUUUAUCUCUGAAGAAAUGCCCCAUGAUUCGUUACCAGCUUUCAUCAGAGGCAGCAAAGAGACUUGCAGAAUGUGUGAAGCAAGUGAUAACUAAAGAAUAUGAACUGUUUGAAUUCAGGCGAACUGAAGUUCCUCCAUUGCUGCUUAUUUUAGAUCGCAGUGAUGAUGCCAUCACCCCAUUGCUAAACCAGUGGACAUAUCAAGCCAUGGUCCAUGAGCUACUGGGCAUAAACAACAAUCGGAUUGAUCUUUCCAGAGUGCCUGGGAUAAGUAAAGACUUAAGAGAAGUUGUGUUAUCUGCUGAAAAUGAUGAAUUCUAUGCUAAUAAUAUGUACCUGAACUUUGCUGAAAUUGGUAGCAAUAUAAAGAGUCUCAUGGAAGACUUUCAGAAGAAGAAACCGAAAGAACAACAAAAACUAGAAUCAAUAGCAGACAUGAAGGCCUUUGUUGAAAAUUAUCCACAGUUCAAGAAGAUGUCUGGAACUGUAUCAAAGCACGUGACAGUAGUUGGAGAGUUGUCUCGGUUGGUCAGUGAGCGGAAUCUGCUGGAAGUGUCAGAAGUUGAGCAAGAACUGGCCUGUCAAAAUGACCAUUCUAAUGCUCUCCAGAAUGUGAAGAGGCUCCUGCAGAACUCCAAAGUGACAGAGUUUGAUGCUGCCCGCCUGGUAAUGCUUUAUGCUCUACGUUAUGAGCGACACAGCAGCAACAGCCUACCAGGGCUCAUGAUGGACCUCAGGAAUAGGGGUGUUUCAGAGAAAUACCGAAAGCUCGUGUCUGCAGUGGUUGAAUAUGGAGGUAAACGGGUCAGGGGAAGUGACCUCUUCAGCCCCAAAGAUGCAGUGUCUAUUACCAAACAGUUCCUCAAAGGACUGAAGGGAAUAGAAAAUGUGUAUACACAGCAUCAACCUUUCCUACAUGAGACCCUGGACCAUCUUAUCAAAGGAAAGCUUAAAGAAAAUGUGUACCCUUAUCUAGGUCCCAGCACACUCAGAGACAGACCUCAGGAUAUCAUUGUAUUUGUAAUUGGAGGAGCCACCUAUGAAGAGGCUCUAACAGUAUAUAACCUGAACCAUAAUACUCCUGGUGUGAGGAUUGUCCUGGGAGGAACCACAGUGCAUAACACAAAAAGUUUUCUAGAGGAAGUUUUGGCUUCUGGACUGCACAGCCGAAGCAAGGAGAGCUCGCAAGUGACAUCAAGGUCAGCAAGCAGAAGGUGAAAUGGGGAUGAAGGUGAGAAAAGCGGUGUGGCUUCCCGUCUUACCUCCCUGCAGGCUUCCCUCACUGACCAGCGGUGCUGGAGAGGAGACGUGGGUUGUGUGUUUUGUUUUCGUAACCCACCUCCAGGGAGCCCACUAACUGCUGAACUGUUGGCACUGACACCAAGACUCCAAGCUAUGAGUUGAGAAUAAGUCGGCGCCCACCCCAACCAUCUGUUCUCAUGGUUUCUUUACCAAAUAAAUAAAUCUGGUCCAUAUGGAUUUGAUAGCACAAUCACUUCCAUUCUUGAUGAAUUUGGUUGGAAUCUGAUUUGAGAAAGAGAGUUGUCAGAGCUUAGGGGAGCUUUCAAAGGCAAUCAUAUUAGGCACAGGCUAUAUUCACUCUGUUCUCUUAACCCUUUUUAGUUUCUAUUAGCCACAUUCCUGCACAUCUCAUUUCUGAAAACUCAUCAUGUUUCUUUAGAGAGCCAUCUAAAAAACUGUUUCUCUCUACAUUGCAAUUUUCUGUGGCACUGAGAAACCAUGUAUGACUACAAUAAAAUUUUUUUGAGAAGAAA